AAAGAACAAAAACACAAGGAUAUAAGAAAGAAUAGAAUGGAUUUGGAGGAACCCAAUGUCUAAAGACUCCUGUCCCCCUCUCGCUGCACCUAAGUGGGGAGCGCUUUAUCUGCACAAGACAGCACACCUGGAUCUACAGCUGUACCAGGACUUCUACCCCUUCUGGGUCUUUCUGAUGGUCUGUAACUGUGUGAUGCUGGUGGUUGGUGUCCUCCUCAACAGUCUCGCUCUGUAUGUAUUUUGCGGGACCUCGACUCGUUCCUCGGCUUCUGUGGUUUACACCAUGAACCUGGCUGUCGCUGAUCUGCUGGUGGCGCUGUCCUUGCCCGCCCGCAUCGCGCUGUACCACAGUGGUGGCAGCUGUGUGGCCUGCUCCUACGUCCACACCUUCAGCUACUUUGUCAACAUGUACUGCAGCAUCUUGUUUUUGACCAGUAUCUGUAUUGACCGCUAUCUAGCUGUCGUCCACGCUGCCAGCACUCUGCAUCGAUGGAGGACAACUGGAGCAGCCAAGGGCGUCAGCGCCGCUGUGUGGUCCGUUGCAGUUGUGGUCACCUACUCCUUUCAGACCACGGCCUUGAAUUUCAGCUCCUCUUGUAUGAACCUCCCUACACACUUCUACCUCACAGUUCUUGAGUUCCUCCUCCCCAUGCUGGCCGUGGUGGGAUUUACUCUCCGCGUCGCCUGUUUCCUCUCCUCCAGCCACGGACUGAUGCCUCAGCGCAGCAGAGCCAGGAGGACUCGUGCCAUUAGGCUUCUGGCCACCAUCCUGGUGGUUUUCACUAUUUGCUUUACUCCGUUCCACCUCCGUCAAGUCCUGGUCUACUUCCAGGUAAGGCCCACAGGAGACGGUGAUGGGCAACUUGGGGCAGGACACGUGCUGGCCUAUCACAUCACAGUGAGCCUGAGCAGCCUCAACAGCUGCCUGGAUCCUGUGGUGUACUGCUUUGUGACAGACAGCUUCAGAAGGAUGUGGAGGAUGAGGAGGAGGAUGAGGAGAGGAAGAGAUGAGGAGGUCAAAAUUUCAAGCGGCAUAGAGGGAGAGCAGACUUUAGUCAAGAAAUGUUCGGGCACAGCCCUUGCGAUAGCUCAGAGCGUGGCUACGCUGACCCUCAGCCGCACACUGAUCACUGCAGUCAACAUGGACCAAUCAGCUUAGAGUGGAGAUCUACAAGAUGGAACAUCCCUGAGAGGACAUGGCUGCACCAUGACUACAUUCUCAUCCUCAUUCACCACUGAACGGUGCUGCAGGAUUAUACUAGUAACAUUUUUCUAGUAAACAUCAGAUCCAGUUAGAAAUAAGCUCACCACACUGGAAUGUUAGAAAUGGGGCCUUCUAGCAGCAGCUAUGAUGUUUGGUGUUAAGAGCGGAUCUAAAAAUAAAAAAUGAAUUAGAAAUAUUUAGAGCUGCUUUAAAUAUCUUAACAGAGCUCUAAACAGGAGGUAGAGAAAUCAGGCGUCAAAGUCAUGAAAAU